AUGCGCGUGACUGAUUGGAUACCUAUGAAGAUUUGUUCACUUGCCUUCACCUUAUUGGUGAUUAAUGCGACUCCGAUCCAAUCCCUUCCAUCAGGAUCAGCCGAAUUUCAUAGCCCAGUGGUCGAUUCACAGCAACUAGCAGGGUUGACUAUCAACGGAAAGCGUUUCAGACGACGUGGCGGAAUCCCACUUCCUCGAAUUUAUCCAAUCCCCUUAGUAUGGGGUGUCGAUUGGAAUCUGUUAUGGUAUUUUGUUGAUCCUGAUAAACUCACACGUGAAGGACUUAGUCCCCAGAACUUUAAAAACAUUGAUAACAAACGAGUAGCUACUCUUCGAGAAACUGCACUUCAAGCAGCCACUAGAGCUAUAGAAGUUUAUGAUUUAUUACAUCCUGAAGAAAAUGUAAAAGCUUUGGCCGAGAUUAGAAGAUUAGCUAUCUUAGAAUCCGAACCUGAUUUAAGUCAAGAAGAUCAAAAAGAAGAAGAUAGAUUGAAAACUAAUCUUUGGGAAGUCUUUCAAAAGAAUCCAACUUUAAAAGAAAGUACUACGGCUAUCUUUUUGGCUAAUGUUCCUGAACAUACUAAAGCUAAAUUCCAACAAAUCUCUCAUGAUAUGAAUGGUGCUCGAUAUGCGGAUAAACCGACGAGAACUGAAAAUCAAAAAUCGAAUGAUGAAGAUCAAGAUCAAGACUCUGAUCAUGAUGGAAAUGAUGAUGAUAAUGAUGGAGAUGAGGAUCAAGAGAAAGAUAAAAAAGGGGAUCAAGAACCUGCGAAAGAUUGGGCUCAUGUUCAAUUAUGGGAUUCUGAACCUGUUGAUGAAUUCUGA